AUGGCAACCUACUCUUCCGUCGGCGAGACGCUCGCCCGCGAAAAUCUCACAGACCAAGUCACCGCCUCCUCGACGCAGAACCUGAAUUCCUGGUCCGACAAAUACCGCGGGGCCGUCGUCGAAGACCUCGACCCCCCUCCAGCCCUCUCCGUCUCCCCUAAUGACUCUAUCUCCUCCGCCCAACUCGCCGCCUAUGAGCGCGACUACAGCCACUUGACCGUAAUAUCCUCCAGCACACGUGCCCUACUGGGGUAUCUGAGCAUUCCACGCCUCAAAACCCUCUUACGCGAGGGAAAAGUCUCCGAAACCGACCCCGUCAAAGCCGCCAUGCAACGAUUCAAUCGCAAACGCACAAAUGUGUACACGGUUAUCACAAUGGAUACACCGCUUGAAGAGUUGGAGAGGUUUUUCAAGGGUGAGCCUAUGACGGCUAGAGAAGGGGAAGUGAAUUCGACGGCGGGAUUGGGGAAGCAGGAUUUUGCGAUUGUGACGGACCCGACGAGGAAGUUUGUGUUGGGCGUUGUGACAGAGGGAGACUUGCAGGAGUUUGUUAGGAGGAGGCCGCAAUAUCCAUAA